AUGCACGGCACCUCCAAAGGCGGGUCCGGAUAUUCGUACCACGAUGUGGCGAACCACAUGGACUGGACGAAGAAGAACGAGUCGCCGUUCGUGACUACGUCCUUUAGCUUCGCGUGGGCGUUAUUCGAGGCGACGAAGAGGAUGAGGGAGACUGGAAGGGAAGAUGUCGAGAUCGCUGUUAUCGAUGCUAGGGCGGUCGCUGGCCGUGCUGUCACUGCUCUCGAACUUCUCCGGAAGGGUUCACCGAAAGAGCGACACGUCGACCACUGGAAGUGGUACCGUUACGCCACCGAGGCGCAGGACGUCCUCGUGUACGGUUACGUCCCAGGCAGCGCCGUCCUUUCCACCAUCCCCAUCGUCACCCUUCUCCCGAAACUCCCCUCCUACUUCCUUCGUCCGGAAGAAACCUACCCUGGCGACGAUGACAUGAAGCCGGGCGUCUUCUCUGCACUCGCGUGGGAGACAUCACGUCCUUCGUACCAACAUUUCUGCCAACAACUAUCCGACGCAUUCCUCCGUCUUUCUCCCGAUAUUCGUCUCCGCGAUACCACCGCUUCCUCCGUCCGUCUCGCUCUCGGCUUCCUUCGACCAUACUUCCAGCGUCGAGUCAUGAAGGACUUCCAGGACGCCGUCGACACUGUCUCUGAGCUGGCGUACAUCAUCGCACGAUGGCCGGGAAUGUGGUGGGUUAGGGAGCAUGGCGAGAUAUGGGAUCUGAUUGAGGAGAUGGUUAGGGUGGUAGGGGAGGAGACGAGGGAGGCUCAGAGGGAGCAUGCGAUCCAGGAGGUGCUGAGGCUCGAGAACGUCGUCGCAGAACUCCAAGUCCUCACCGACGAGUACGCCUCGGUACAAUCUCACUCGAGAAUGGGUUCUAUGAUCAUCGACCCCGACAUCAUGGCACCCCCGCCACCGCACACCUCCGGCGACGUGGACCUUGACCUCGAGAAGGGCAUUAUGCUCCCAAGCACCACCAUCCUGUCCGAAGUCGACGAGAAGACACCGCUCGCACGGCAACCGCCUGAGAAACUGCCGCAGGCCCCGGCCCCGCAAACAGAGACGGAGGCGGACCCGGAAGUACAGGGCCACGACGAGCUGGACGCGACGUUCUUGCGCUCGAUCCGAGCAUUAGCACCCUCGGCGAGCGAAAUCGCAUCGUGCGUGGUCACGAGCUUUCUCUUUGGCGCGUGGACGGCUAUGUUUCUCAUUGGAGGUCAGAGACGUGAAUUCGCGAAUCACUUCACAUAG